ACAAACAACUUACAGAACUAUUCUAAGUCUCUUACGGAAGAAGAAUCAAAGAGAAUCAGAUUAGAGUGUGAGUUUUUAGAAGUUACUAAAUGGAGGGUAAAGGACGAGUUGGCUCAUCUUCUUCUACUUCUUCUUCUUUCACAGCCGAACUCUUCGGUUCUAAAGAUCCUUCGCCACCAUCUUCAUCCUCCGGCAUCUUCUCCACCAUUUUCCCUCAUCCCUCCAAGGGUUCUGGAAGAGAUGGUUCAAACUCCAAACAUGGCUCACAAGCUCAACGUAGAGAAUCUUUAAAUGCGCAAGAAGACAGAGUUGAGCCAUGUCAUCUAAGCUCUUCUCUUUACUACGGUGGUCAAGACGUAUACUCUCGAUCCACCACCAACCAAACUUACCCUGCAGUUAAAAAUGAGCGUAGAAGAAGCGGAGAAGACGAUGCUAAUGGACAGAACUCGCAGGAUGUUUCAAGAGGAAACUGGUGGCAAGGUUCUCUUUAUUACUAAAGAACCACUUCCUUUAGUUUCUUUGUAAAUCUCUCCAGGAACCCAUGAAGCUCAAGCCAAGUACUAAUAUCUACUUAACCAAGACUUUGUAUAAAUAAGUUUAUGCAGA